AUGACCGUGGCCCUCCUCUUUGGGGCCUCGGCCCCCGUCUCUGCCCACGAUGGCAGGAUGAAGCUUCGCGACGGUCUUCGAGAGCGCAACAGCGCCGUUGUCCCCACUUACUACGGCGGCCUCAACAGGAGGGCCGUCACCAACACCACAACCCCGGCCACCGGAGAUGAUGCUGCAGUUGGAAGUGGUGAUGCCGCAGUUGGAAGUGGUGAUGCCGCAGUUGGAAGUGGUGAUGCCGCAGCUGGAGAUGCCGCCGAUACCGACGACGAUGCUGGCGCCGAUGACUCUGGCUCGUCCCUCGGCGGUGUCGGUGACGCGAUCAAAGACGUUGUGGAUAAUACCCUCGGCGGUCUCGGUGGCGGCGAUGCUGAAAACGAGGACGCCGCCGGCGGUGCCGGUGGACUUCUUGACGGACUUCUCGGCGGUAUCCUGUCCAAGGAUAAGAGGCAAGAUGCUGGCAACGCUUCCACUACUGGCACGGCCGCCACCGAGACGAAGCGAUACUUCCGCCCCAAGGUUAUCAGGGGAAGCGGCGCCGCCCGUCUCCCCCCUGCUCCUCGUGCUCCCAUCAAGGAGGUGGCCGAGAAGACAGAGGCCAAGAGCAGCGUUAUUCGCUCCCUCUUUUCCUAUUUUCGUCUCAUCUAA